CGAGCUACGGUCCCAUUGAGCCCGUGCGCCGCGCGCGACCUUCGCACGACCUUGGGGCACAUAGCACAAAAAGGAAAGAUCAGCGCUAUGUUGUUUACCAUCCUAAUCUACCUGGUGUACUACAUGGUGUACACCAUUCUGUUGGCGAUCGCCGGCCUCUGGUGCUUCGAGGAGUGUGUGCUGACAGAAGAGGAGGAGUACGAUUUUGUAACGCACCACCGAGCCUUGCCGUACUGAGCAACGAACCUUGCCGGCAAUCACGGCUGCAUUACGCACGGGUCCUGUUAAACUGAGCAACGAGUACGGCUCAACUGAGUACUGUGUGCUGAUCAAACGAGCAACCCUUCUGAGCGACGCACUGUCCUGUGAUCCCGGCUGCUUCAAUGUACUGAGCUGCCGAAUACAGUGACGACUUGCAGCCAGCAAAUUGUGGCCGUGUUUCGGCAGACAGUGAUAGGAUUUAAGUGGCGUGUGAGUGUCCAGUGAUUUUAAAACGAUAAAAGUGAAAAGUGGUACAAAAUAAACUAACAAAAUGACGGGUUUCGUGAAAAUCGCCAUCGACGAUUACUACUCGGACAACAAUUGGACGACCAUAAUAAACAAGUACUGGAUGCUGGCAGAGCGAGUAUCAGAUCCCCGAGUACAAGGAUGGUUUCUGUUCGACACGCCCCUGCCGACCCUGGCCAUGGUUAUCGCCUACCUCGCCUUCGUGCUGGUAGCGGGCCCGCUCUGGAUGACCAACAAGAAGCCUUUCAGCAUACAGAACAUUCUAGUGGCUUACAACGCUGGACAGGUUUUACUGUCAUUGUAUAUGUUUUAUGAGCACCUUGCAUCAGGAUGGUGGGGUGAUUACAGUCUUGCUUGCCAACCUGUAGACUACAGUGACAGUGAUAAAGCCAGACGGAUGCUUCACCUCUGCUGGGUCUAUUAUUUCUCCAAGCUGUCGGAGUUUGCUGACACGAUAUUCUUUGUGCUACGGAAGAAGAAGAGUCAAAUCACCUGGCUGCAUCUCUACCACCACGCGCUCACUCCCUUCGAAGCUUGGUUACUCGUUAAAUUUAUCGCUGGUGGUCACGGAACAUUCUCGAACGUGGUGAACAACUUGGUGCAUGUGAUCAUGUACAGCUACUAUAUGACAGCGGCCUUGGGCCCGCAGUACCAUAAAUACCUCUGGUGGAAGAAACAUCUCACCACCCUGCAGCUUGUGCAAUUUUUCAUGGUGCUGUUCCAUUCAAUAAGCGCAUUGCUAUAUGAUUGUGGAUAUCCCAAGCUCAUCGCCUCCGGUCUCAUCUUACAUUCAACAAUCUUUAUUGUAUUGUUCACGAACUUCUACAUGCAUGCCUACAAGAAGGACAAGGCGAAGCCAAUAGCAGUGAACAACAACAAUAAGGGUGAAGGAAAUAGUGAGGAUAUCAAAACAAGUGAACAUAACGGACAUGUCAAAGUAAAUGGUCAUAUCUGUAAUGGAGUGAAUGGACACAUAGGAAAUGGUUACAGUAACGGUAAACUCUCUAAUGGUCUAACAAAGGCUAGUUUACAAGAAUCACAUGAUGUAUCACUUUAUCAAACGAAUGGAACAAGCAGCGUUAACGGCCAUAUUCUAAACAGUAGUACAGAGAAAGAAAAAGUGCAGUAGUUCAUUUGUUUUCUUGUAGAAAUUACGAUUAAGUCACAAUAAUUGUCACAAUGUAAUAAGUGUAAUUAAUUUUGUAUAUCUUAAUUAUUAAUAUUAAGCCAGUUGCUAGAGGCUGUUAAUUUUUAAUGUUUCUUUUGUACCAAACAGACGAAAGCUAAUUUCCAAAUGUUCAAUAAAUCGACACUCUGCUUAAAUAAUCGAUCUAUUUGACGAAAGGUUUAACAAGAUGUAACAAUUCCCUUUUCAUUGGUUGUAUUUUCAGUAUUAAAACAACUCAUUAAAAUUGCAAUUAGAUACAAACAUGAAGCGCUUUCAUUUUAGUUAGUAAUUAUAGUUAUUACAGAGAAGAAAGCGCUUCAAUGAUGUUAUUCUAAUUAUUAAUUGCCAGCGCGGCGGCUGCAGCCUGCACGGCACAUAUGAUACCAUCUCAAACUAAAUGUAUUAUGAUAUUCAAACUUUGUGGCCGCUCGUUUGUAAACUACGUACAGGAAAGCGCGCAGAUAUUAUCCCCGAUAAUCUUAAGUCACAUACGUUCAAUUUAAACCGAAAACUCGAACUGUUCAGUUAAAACUGUGUGUGUAGUCUUAAUUUUACUUAACAAUUCAACUGCCAUUUAAAUUGUUGCCUACGCACACAGUUCCAACUGCACAGUUCGAAUGUUACGUCUAAACUGUCAGGCCUAAACGUUGGUAGCGGGAUUAAGUGAAUCUAGGUCAUCUGCGCGCUACGUACUACGCCUCUCCUGUUUCACUUAAAUUUGUGUUUUACACAGCGUGCGAUGUUCUGAGCUGUCAUAAAGUUUGAAUAGCACUGUACAUAAAUUCCAAAUUGACUUUGAAGAUAUAGUUUGAGGAUAACUUACCUGUUGUUAAAUUUUAACGCGAGUCUAUUACACAGAUCAAAGUUUUCUCUCAUUGUACAAAUAACGAUUUAUAAUAAAUGAUAACAUGUACAUAGUUAUGAUAAGUUAAUAACAUUU